UUCAGUUUAAUGUACAUACUCAAAUUAAAAAUCAUUUUUCUAACCUUUGGUUUGAUAUUUCAGGGACCGAUGGGUGGAAAUGGACCCCCAGGGGCUCCUGGUGUGAAGGGUGACCAAGGAGAACCAGGCAUUGGAGUUCAAGGCCCUCCUGGACCUCAGGGCAACAGAGGGUUACCUGGACCUCCAGGCACUCCAGGAGCAAUAGGACCAGAAGGAUCUCCAGGGCUUCCAGGACAAGUGUUUUUCCUCUUCAACUAAUUGGAGGCAUGCGUGGUUGAAUGUUCGAUCA